UUGGCCUGUCUCUCAACCUUCAUAAAUAGGUUGCAUUCGCUUUUAAAUUCUUAGUUUCACGAUGAAUUUCAAAAUACUAGUUUGUUCCGCGAUAUGUCAUCUGUGCUCCAGCCAGACCCAGCAACAGCCCCAGCUGGUGACGCAAACUCUGCGGCCUAGUCAGGUGACCAGUUUCACCAGUCCUCCUGGGCAUUCGGGUGGAGGUCCUGCUGAAGUGUUUCGGGGAGCUGCCGCCUCUCUCGGCCAACUGUUCAUCAACCUGCUCAACUACAAGAUGCGGUGGCUCGGCCAUAUGGCUGGAAACCUCCCCGGAGGACAUCCAAUCCCAGGGUCUCACCUAGCUGGUUCUUCGGGAUAUCCUUUCACAACUACUCUGGUGACCACACUUUCAGGAAACUCACCGACCAUCCCAGGAGUGACGAUAACUGGAGCUCCGACUAAUCCACUACAGGCUGGGAGCUCUAAUGUGUACCCUGGACAGCCUGUCACCCAACCGGGAGUCACAGGAACUGCACCAAUCCCACAAACUGGUUAUCCUGCGGCCACUCCUGCUCCACAGCCCGGAGUUGCAGUAGCUCCAGUUUCUGCACCGAUCUCUCAAACUGGUUAUCCUGGAACCGCUCCUCCUCCCCAACCUGGAGUUGCAGUAGCUCCAGUUUCUGCACCAAUUCCUCAAACUGGUUAUCCUGUUCCUCAACCUGGAGUUUCAGUGGCUCCAGUCGCAGCAACAGCCCCUCAAACUGGAUACCCUCCUCCACAGACUGGAGUUGCCGUUAGUCCAGUAGCUUCUCCUUUGCCCCAGACGGGAUUACCUCCUGCAGCUCCUCCUCAAUAGUAGGUUCUACAAAACCCUGGAGUCGCUGCACGGACAGUGUCAAAUCCAAGAAGUUUCAUAGGGUUAUAACUUUUUCAUAUGCAAUCAACUAUAUAUUAGUUUUUAUUUAUAUUCUCCUUAUGUUAGUGUGCUAUUUUUUCACUAAAUCACUAAGUGUAUACUUUCUAUUACAAGAUUAAAGAAUGUGCUUUUUAUGUAAUAGGUUUUAUUCAUCAACAUUUACACUUCCUAAAUAAAAAUAUAAUUUAUAGUA